AUGCGAAAGCAACUUGGUUUUCGCCAUUACUUUGCCAUCGGAAGCGUGGUAACCGCUCUAGUUCUUACGAUUUCUUUUUUAAAUGAGCGUAUACCAACGUCGAGAGAUUUUCUCUCAGAAAACUGGGAGUCUGACGAUGUUCCCUCUAAAAGUUAUAAGCGACAACGAAAGGGUUUGUUAAUCAUAGGAAGAGGUCGAUCAGGCACGAGUUUCCUGUCGAAGAUGUUUGGGAGCGGAAAAAGAGUGAGUAAACAAAUGUUAACAUGAAAACAUUCUUUGAAUUAAUCACACAUUAAUCUUAUAAUUUUAAUAGCAUUUGUUGUUCAUGAAUUUCACAGGGUCCUAAAUAGAAGGAUUACACAGUUCGCGUUUAUCCUAUGAAGUAUUCGUCUGGUAUAUUUUGUUGUCAAAACGCCAACCAAAAUAUGACAAAAAUUACCUUUUAGUGUGGCUUCAAAUGAGCUCUUCCCGCAGAAAAUUAAACAAACACACUAAUUUAAUCCGGUUUGCUUUAAGAUUACCCCGCGGUUGGAAACAAAUCAGGUUUAAGCGGAGGAGAAAGAAGCGAACUUUCCCAAAGGCCGAACUCUCCCCUCCCCUCUCCUCGUUUUGAUAAUUUUCUAUCAGUUUUGAAGAUAUUUUGGCCAAAAGUUGGGAUAAUUGGGUUUCAUUAUUUGUGUAUUACCUCUGCACCAAAAUAAUGCUUAUGAGCGUGAGAGGAAAGACGAUUUAGGGGCCGCUUUAAAAUGAUCUUACACAAAGCUUCAAUAAAUUCUAGGACUCGAUUUGUCCGAGAUCAUUACAACAGAUUUUGAUCUUUUGCCAUGGCAGUUGAUCUACCCUUUUUAGAUAAUCAACCAUGACUCAAAAGCUUGAUUUGAUCACAUUUCCACCCAAACUACCCGAGGGUCAAUACAAUUAAGACGCUUAUCGUGAUGUAACACCAAAUUCUCAAGAGUAUCUGUCGAAGAAAUAUACAGUUCUGAGUAAGGAGAGUCAACUUUUUGAUCACCAAAGGGUAGAGGGCUGCCAUUAGUUUCAUUUUGGCGUUCGUAAUUUCCUAGUACGUUCAUUGACUGAAUGACUGGAGGGGGGGGGGUACUUGGGUCAAUUUUUGCUUAGAAACCCAUUGUAAUCUAUUCUGUGGCCAAUUGUAGACCCCAUCUUGGUCAAUUUUAGGCAAAUGUAAUUUUCGCGAUCUCAACUUUCUGUUAUGUUUCUACCCUUUACCAGAACUUCCUUAUCCCAAAAAUUACGAAAGUGUGCGACCUUUUUAGUAACUGCAUUGAAAAUGUAAUCCCUUCACAGUCAAUCCAGUCGUGAAAUGCGACCCCAAUUAGCCUCAGGAAUUAAGAAGUUCCCUCCCCCCGGGAGAGCUGUGCAACUGGCGAGCGUUACCAUUUUCAUUCACAGAUUUUCGAAGUUUAUGAACCUUUACGAUUUCGCAACCUCACAAACGUUGCAAAGAUAGAAGUCUUGAAAUCAUUUCUCUCCUGCAACUUCGCUUCAAGUCCUCUAUGGCAAAAAGACUAUUUUCCACCUUUCUGGUACUUGAAACAGAAGUAUUAUUUCGUUACUCCAAGUCAACACCUGGCGUGCCUAAAAUACAGAAGUGGAAGUACACGCUGUUUCCCUGCGGAGCAGAUGUUUACAAAAUUUAUCGAUAAGUGCAGAUACAGCUAUGACAGCACUGUGCUUAAGGAGCUUACUGAACGGUUACCAGACACCAGUUUGUCAAGUCUAAUACCGGAAAUUAUUGACCGCUCAUUAAGUACAGAUGUCAGACUAUUGCACGUUGUGCGUGAUCCUAGAGGAAGUAUUAACUCGAGGAUUAAACUUAAGUGGAUGCCAGAUUACGAACAUCCACAAUUUAAGAAAAAGGUUCAAGACUACUGUAAUGGGAUUCUCCAAAACAUCGAGUUUGGUUUACAACUUAACGAAUCUCUCCAACAGAGAUAUAAACUUAUCUUCUACAAGGAUAUAGCCACCCGGCCGGUUGAAUCGGCGAGAGAAGUCUUCAAGUUCGCGGGAUUAAGGUUAUCAGACAAAACAUUAAGCUGGAUCGAAAACAGGACAAGUCCAACUAAAAUGGAUUCGAGAAGGCAGUUUAAGAAUCCGUACUCGCUAGUAAGGGAUUCUAAGGCGAAUAUCGAAAAAUGGCGGAGAGAGUCGCCACCGGAACGAACUCUGAUUAUAGAGAGAAUUUGUAAACCGUUGAUUGAACUUAUGGAGAAAAUCAGUAUCGAAAGAGAAUAUUUUUUGAUAUAG